AUGGUGUGGCGGCGUCUGUACUUAUGCUUCAUCUCAAAGCUACAACUAGCUUUGAUGCCAUUGCCUAUCCUCUCAAAGUUGCUGGUGUUAACAUUCUCCAGGGCACCGGACAUGGUCUUUGCUAGAUUUGGCUCAGAUCUUGAGCAUCCCAGCUUCGUGUUACCGGCCAUCGAAAUGGAUCAAAUCGUCACGCAGCUGUUCUAUCUCGCAACGCCGACCAACCCUGCGAGCUUCUAG